CAAUGCGUGAAAAGAAAGAAAAAUAUAGGAGAUGCAGGCAUUGAUCUGAAAAUUCCUCUCAAACAUUGAUUUCAACAACCCUUUUCCCGCAGCGAGAAACCUCUUAGUCUCUGGUGGCAUUAGAUAAUGUUACAUAAUCAUAGAAUCUCGCUGCUCCUACGCAAUCGAAUUCCGAGCUAGAUUGUCGUGUCUCAAUUGGAAUUGGUGAUCGGAUCUACCACCAUGUCCAACUCUCUGCCCUACUCCACCAAAGAUGUUGACUACGACAACGCCAAGUUUCGCCACCGUUCCUUCUCCAAGGUUAUUACUCAGAACUUACUCACCAGUAACCUAAAGCGUGAUUGUGGUAGCUGUAGUACAGGGAAGUUUCUCUUCUUGCUGUUGAUCUUUGGUGUAGCAUAUGUAUUGUUAGCACAUACAAGUUCGGAUGGUGUAGUUUCUAAUGGUCAGGCAAUUGUGAAUAGAAACAGUUAUGCAAAUGGCAGCAUUGUUGAUGCUACUGGCAAAUUGAAGAGGUUCUGGAGACGGCCUCCGAGGCUUCCUCCGAGGUUAUCACCUGAUGAGAAGGGGAGUAUUAAUGGCGUUGCCCGUGUAUCGGAAAAUCCGGAUGAUGUUAGGUCAAUGUGGAUUGCUAGGCAACAAAAGGUCAAGGAAGCUUUUGUUCAUGCGUGGUCUGGAUACAAAAAGUUUGCCAUGGGUUAUGAUGAACUUAUGCCGCUCAGCCACCAUGGAAUUGAUGGAUUGGGAGGAUUAGGAGCUACGAUUGUGGAUGCUCUCGAUACGGCUAUGAUAAUGGGUCUUGAUGAUGUUGUUGCUGAAGCUGGAUCCUGGGUUGAAGAACACCUUUCUAAGAGAAUUAGCCAAAAGGGCCAAGUGAAUUUAUUUGAGACCACGAUUCGAGUUUUGGGUGGGCUUUUAAGUGCGUACCAUCUAAGUGGUGGGGAGAAUGGAAUGAACUUGACUCAUGCAGGACCCAAACCGUCUGUUUAUCUAGAAACUGCUAAGGAUUUGGCUGACCGUCUACUAUCUGCUUUUACGGCCAGUCCGACUGAUAUUCCAUUUAGCGAUGUUAUUCUGCAUGACAGUUCAGCACAUCCCGCUCCUGGUGGACUGAGUAGUACGUCGGAAGUUUCCACUUUACAGCUUGAGUUUAAUUAUCUCAGUUCUAUAUCUGGUGAUCAGAAAUAUAGUUUGGAAGCCAUGAAAGUCAUGGAGCACAUGAAGACUCUUCCAAAGGUUGAAGGACUAGUUCCUAUCUACAUUAGUCCUCAUUCUGGUGAAUUCAGUGGAGAAAAUAUUAGAUUGGGAUCACGUGGUGACAGUUACUAUGAGUACCUAAUUAAAGUAUGGCUUCAGAGUGGAGCUAGUAGCAAUAGUAAUACAUCAUAUCUAUAUGAAAUGUAUAAGGAAGCAAUGAAUGGUGUUAGACAUCUGCUUGUUCGGAAAUCAAUUCCAAAUAAACUAGUUUUUGUCGGAGAAUUGCCUUAUGGAUCAAACGGUGGUUUCAGCCCAAAAAUGGAUCAUCUGGUAUGUUUCCUACCUGGUACUCUUGCACUUGGUGCCACUAAAGGCCUUACAAAGAAACAGGCAAUGGAAAACAGUAUGGUUAACUUUGAAGACCUAGAAAAUUUGAAGCUAGCAGAAGAUCUGACUAAAACAUGCUUUGAAAUGUAUGCUGUAACUUCAACUGGUCUUGCUCCUGAAAUUGCUUACUUUCAUACUGAGGAAUAUUCUGAACAAGGUUAUGAUGGAGGAAAUAAGAGUUCAGAAUUUGUUAAUGACAUCAUAAUAAAACCUGCUGACCGUCAUAAUCUUUUGAGACCCGAGACUGUGGAGUCAUUGUUUGUUUUGUUCCGUAUCACACAGGAUCCAAAAUAUCGUGAAUGGGGCUGGCAAAUCUUUGAAGCUUUUGAAAAGCACACAAAGGUUGAUACUGGGGGAUAUUGUUCUCUGGACGAUGUAACUAGUGUUCCUCCUCACAGAAGAGACAAAAUGGAGACUUUCUUUCUAGGAGAAACACUCAAGUAUUUGUACUUGCUUUUCGCGGACAACUCUCUAAUUCCUCUGGAUAAAUUUGUUUUUAACACAGAAGCACAUCCUAUACCAAUCAAUUUGAAGAAAUGAGUUUUAUUCAUCAAAGUCAUUCAACACAGUUAUUAGAAAUACAGACCGUGGUCUCACAAAGUGAGAUGCUUCUUUGAAGUCGCUCUAGCAUCUCUUAAACUGACCAAGAGCACUUCUGGUUGUAAAGGAAUUGAUUAGCUGGGUUCUCAGUCAUAAUAAAACUGUGAAAUACUGUUUGAAUCAUGCAAUACACCAGCAUACACAUUUCAGAGAUCGUCAAUUGAUUAUGACUCAUUUUCUUGAAUUUAUAACCAGCCCUAUCGAAAUGAGAUUGUAAAAUUUUGUUUCAAGUCAUGAACAAAGAGCAGCUUUUGUAAUUGAAUUGUAUGAUUUUCCAAUAUCUUUCUGGACGAUUAGCAUUUUUAUGAUUU